CUAGACAUAAAUAUACCCUUGAUCACUGAUCAGGAACAAAACUUGCUAACUUUUAUCAAACCAAUAAAUGGAUUUGUUAGUUACAAAAGGAGGUCCAAAAAAUAUGAAAACCACAUUUCUCCAUAUCCUAGAGAAAAAAUUAACGAUGAUGAUGAACACAAACCACAUAUUUAUAAAAUUUGGAUCGUUUUUAGCAUCCAUAAUGUUUGUUAGGGCUAUGUAUGAGCAAUAUCUUCCUCAUCGAUGGCGGGGUUCGAUAUACUCAUUCCUUUAUCAAUACAUACAUAGAUUUGUGACAACGUUUUCUCCAUAUCUUCAAAUCACGGUUGAUGAAUAUACCGGGGAACGAUUUAAUCGAUGUGAGGCGUACACCACCAUUGAAACUUACCUUAGUGAGAAGGCUUCCGAACAAGCAAGGAGAUUUAAGGGUAGUUUUGUUAAGGAUGGUAAGACUUUAGUGCUUGGAUUAGCUAACAAUGAGGAGGUUAUUGAUGAGUAUCAAGGAGUUAAGGUUUGGUGGAAAUGUCGUAAAAGUGUUUCCAGAUCUCAAACAAUCAAUAUCUACCCUGGAACCAAUGAAAAAAGGCAUUUUGAGCUAACUUUUCACGGUCGUCAUAGAAAGCUUAUCAGUGAAUCGUACAUGAAUUACAUUUUAGAGGAAGGAAAAGCAAUAACAAUAAGGAAAAGGCAAAGAAAGUUGUUUACCAAUAUCAAGGAACAAAAGGGGCCAAAUAACAACAGUAGAUGGACCUUAUGGAGUCAUGUCGAGUUCAAGCACCCAGCCUCUUUCGACACCAUAGGUAUGGACGAGGCCAAGAAAAAAUACAUCAUGAACGAUCUUCUUCGCUUUAGUAAUGCAAAAGAGUACUAUGCAAAGAUUGGAAAGCCAUGGAAACGUGGUUAUCUCUUGUAUGGACCUCCUGGCACUGGUAAAUCAACCAUGAUUGUGGCUAUUGCUAAUUUAUUAGAGUACGACAUUUAUGAUCUUGAGUUAACUACGGUUGUGGACAAUACUCAAUUAAGGAGGCUACUCAUCGAGACCUCUAAUAAGUCUAUUAUUGUGAUUGAAGAUAUUGAUUGUUCGCUUGAUUUAACGGGGAAAAGAACACCCAAGGCAGAGAAAGACAAGGACAAGGGUAAGGAAAUAGAAGAAGAUAAGGACAAGGUUAUAAGAAAGAUGAAAUUAGAACCAGUUGGGGAGAGGAAAAAAAGCGAAGUUACUCUUUCAGGGUUGUUGAAUAUUGUUGAUGGGAUAUGGUCUGCUGUUGGAGAAGAGAGACUAAUUAUCUUUACUACAAAUCAUAUUGACAAACUUGAUAAAGCCCUUAUUCGAAAGGGGAGAAUGGAUGUUCAUAUUGAGCUAUCGCAUUGUUGUUUCGAGUCAUUUAAGGUGCUUGCAAAUAAUUAUUUGGAUCUUACAUCACAUUCUUUGUUCGAGACUAUAAAGACCUUGUUGGAGGAGACUAAGAUGAACCCUGCUGAUGUUGCUGAAAACUUGAUGCCUAAGUCACUUGAGCUGGAUGUGGAUACUUGUUUACAGAAUUUAGUUAAAGCUCUUCAGAACUCGAAAAUAGAUGAUCGAUUAAAAGAACAACGGAAGAAUGAGAAAGCGAAAAUAGAGGAAGAAAGGAAGGCGGAACAAGAAGAAAAAGCUAAUGCACAGAAGCUUAAGAACCAAGUUGAAUCUUUGAACAAACCAUGAUUUUGAGGAAAAUAAAAUUUAAAUGAAUUCUAUGUUUGUCAUCUUACUUUGCGAUUUUAGUUUUUUUGUAACUUUUGCAAUUAUACCAUUAUAAAAAUGCUAUUGCUAUUCUUAUAUAAGGUAAACAUAAA